AUGGACUACUUGUUUGAACAUGAUACUGGUCUGUACUGGUGUGAGUCCAUGUCUGGAUCCUCCAGCAGCAGCAGCAGCAUCCAGCUCUCUGUCUCUGGUGGAUCAGUGAUCCUGCAGAGUCCUGUCCUCCCUGUGAUGGAGGGAGAUGACGUCACUCUGAGCUGCAGAGCAAAGAAUCCAACCCACAACCUCCCAGCUGCUUUCUAUAAAGAUGGCUCCUUCAUUGGUGAUGGACCAUCAGGUCACAUGACCCUCCUCCAUGUUUCCAGCUCUGAUGAAGGCCUCUAUAAAUGUAAUGUCAAAGGUCAUGGAGAGUCUCCAUCCAGCAGGAUCUCUGUCAAAGAGAAACCAUCAACCACAUCGUCCCCAUCAACUCCUCCUCCAUCAUCAUCAUCUUCAUCUUCCUCCCAGUUUCUCCUCUCUGGUCUCUCGUCUCUAUCAGCUGGUGUUGUUCUGGUUCUACUGGUUCUACUGGUUCUACUGGUUCUACUGGUCCAACGUCACAUUAACAGGAAAUCUAAAGCUCUGAGGCGGCGCUGCUUCACUACUGUUCUGUACGCCACCAUGACAGAAGAAGAAGAAAAACUUUGAUGCUGAAACUCCUGGAGACAGAAAAUGUUGUUGAUGUGAAACUGGAUCCACUGACAACAGGAAGAAAACAUCAGUUCUGUUACUCAGAGAGCUUUCUUUAAUAAACUGGAAACAUUAGAAAGUUGUUCAUUCAGAACAAUCUGAUUUAUGAUUCUUACAAUAAAUUAAUGCAGGAGAAUAAAAUCAACUCCAGAAAAAUGUUCACCUGUC